UCAGUGUGCUCUGGAAGGAGCUUCCUUUCUGUCCCUGGACUUCUCUGGACGGUCCAGCUGCCAACCAGGCCUGCUCUGAUCACUGGGGAGGCCAGAAGCCUACUUUCAGAUCACGACUUCCCUCCCACAGGGCCAGCCCUGCGUGGCCCAGCAGCUCCGAGAGUCACCCAAUUUCCUGCAGGACAGCCAUGGAGCUGCUCUGGACGGCCAUGCUGAUGGUGGCCUCCUGGGUCCCUGCUGCCCACAGCUCACCGGAGCAGGAUGCCACUGUCCCCAGCAUCGACCUCUCCCAGCCCUUGCACGUUGUGGAGGAGAACAACCUGCUGGUGCUGACGCCCGCCGGCCUGGCACAGAUGCUCAACGAGACGCGCUUCCUCAUGGUGCUUUUCCACAACUCGUCGUCCAAGCAAUCCAGGAACCUGGCGGAAGAGCUGGGCAAAGCCGUGAGGAUGCUGGGCAAGGGCAAGAAUGGGAUUGCCUUCGGCAAAGUGGACAUCACCGUGGAGAAGGAGCUUAAGCAGGAGUUUUACAUCACGAAGGCUCCGGACCUGAAGCUGUUUUUUGAGGGCGACAGGUCAAAGCCCAUCAGCUGCAAAGGAGUGGUUGAAUCUGCAGCCUUGGUAGUUUGGCUGAGAAGACAAAUUAGCCAGAAAGCAUUUUUGUUCAACGACAGCCAGCAGGCAAUAGAUUUUGUGAACUCCAGGCCUGUGGUCAUCAUUGGCUUCUUCCAGGAUUUGGGGGAAGAAGUGGCAGAGGCGUUCUAUGAUGUGAUCAAAGACUUCCCUGAGCUAACAUUUGGAGUGAUGCAGAUAAAAAAUACCUUUGGGCGUUUCCACGUGAUCCUUGACAGUGUCCUGGUAUUCAAAAAGGGGAGAGUUGUGAACCGCCAAGAGCUUAUUAACGACAAUACCUACAAACAGGACCUCUAUGGAGUCAUAAGAAAUCACCUGACAGAUUUUGUGGUUGAAUAUAACUCCAAGAAUAAGGAUCUGAUUUAUGAAAUGAACGUCUUGAAUCACAUGCUGCUGUUUGUCUCCAGGAGAGCUGAGUCAUAUAGAGCCAUAACUCGGCAGUAUAAAUUGGCGUCCAAGGAAUUCCAGAACAAGAUCCUUUUUGUUCUUGUGGAUGUGGAUGAACACAGAAACAGACACGUCUUAGAGUAUUUCCACAUCACAGAGUUCAAUGUCCCAUCUGUUCAGAUCCUAAACUUGAGCUCUGAUGCCCAGUACAAAAUGCCUUCAGAUGAGAUUACUUAUGAAAACCUCAAGGAUUUCGGCAGCAGCUUUCUGAGUAGAAGAGCCAAGAAACAUCAAUCCAGUGAAGAGAUUCCAAACUAUUGGGACCAAGGUCUAGUUAAGCAGCUUGUGGGGAAGAACUUCAAUGUAGUUGUCUUUGACAAGGAAAGGGAUGUGUUCGUGAUGUUCUAUGCACCCUGGUCUGAGAAGUGCAGGGUGCUCUUCCCACUGCUGGAGGAGUUGGGCAGGAAGUAUCAAAACCACACCACAGUCACCAUCGCCAAGAUUGACAUCACAGCCAAUGACAUCCAGCUGAAGAACCCAGACCGCUACCCUUUCUUCAGGCUUUUCCCCACCGACUCUGAACAGGCUGUACCAUAUACAGGAGAGCACACCCUGCAGGGCAUUUCCGACUUCCUGGAAAGCCAAGUCAAGAUCAGGACUGAAGAUGAGGAUGAGCUACUGUCCAUUGAGCAAAAUGAAAUGAUAGAAGAGGGAGUGUUAGCUGAAGAAGAAGAAGAAGAAGAAGAAGAAGAAGAAGAAGAAGAAGAGGAGGAGGAGGAGGAGGAGGAAGAGGAGGAGGAAGAAGAAGGAAGAACUUAUAUGGAGCCAGAGUUACCUGGGCAGCAGUUCCCUGAGCAGCUGGAGAACAUGUGCAAGGUGGAGGCACCGGUGGAAGAGCUGCCUGAACAGGAGGACGAGACCAAGCUGGAAAUGCCAGUGGAAGAGCUGCCAGAGCAGGAGGAUGUGACCGAGGUAGAGGUGCUGGUGAGGCAGAAGAAAAGAUCUGAGAAGGAGGAAGAGGCAGCUAAGCAAAAAAGACCCCCAAGAAGAGAGAAGAAAUUUAAAGUCAAGGAAGAACUUUAGCUUCUCCAAGGGCAGGAGGGAAGGGGCCCACAUUUCAGGUCCUGGGAUAAUUACUG